AUGCUUGGCUGCCCCAAAUCGCUGAUUCUGCUCGCUCUUGUCGGUACCGUAGUUCUGGCAAGCUCGCCCUUUGAAGAAGGACAGGCGUAAGUUUCGAAAAUUCCCGAGCGUUUUCUGACAAUCCAGUUUCAGAGAUCAGCCAGUGGAUGAAAGCGAUCUGUAAGUUUUCACCGCAUUUCAGAUCUCUGCCAUGUUUUGGUCCGACCGGAUCUAUGAAAAUAUUCAGUAUUAGUUUCAGCUAGUUCAAAAAAAUUCUCACAAAGCUUCGACUUCCUUUUAACUCUGGACCCGGGACCAUGCCUACCACAAAUUCAUCAAAAAUCUUCAUCAAAGUUUUUAUUUCAGAGAGAAACGUUCUCCGAUGGACCGCUCUUCCAUGGUGCGGUAAGUUUCUUGAAAGUUUGAGAAAAACUUUGAAACCUAUUUCAAGGUUUGGGCGCUCGUCUCUAGACAGGUCAGCGAUGGUUCGUUUCGGAAGGUCUCCAAUGGAAAGAUCUGCCAUGGUCCGCUUCGGACGCUCGCCUGCCGUCGAUCGUGCCUCGAUGGUCAGGUAUGUGAACGAAAAAGAACAACAAUCGUUUUAAAUUCAUUUGUUUUCGCAGGUUCGGCAAGCGCUCAUCCGUUGAUGCAGAAGACAUGCAGAGGUGAGUUGGCUGAAUAAGUUCGAAAUUGGAAAAGACCUUGUGAAAAUAUGUCCUUAAAGAAAAACAGUUUUCCAUGAGAAUGUUAAUUGGUAAGAGUUGAACUGAACGUCUUCACUGAUCAACUCAAGCUCGAUACCAGAAAAAAUGACGUCAUCGAACUGAAUUGUGUCUCUUGAGCCAUUUUUUCAUCGGAAGCUUGUCAAAAACAUUUCAAAUUUUUCAAAUAACUCAUCCCGUACAUAGAAGUAUUUUUCUGAAAGUAUGCAAACAGGAGAGACUCUAUUUUCAAGUAGCUGCAAACUCUACUUGCGGCAAGAUCGAAUGAAAAAUGUCUGUAAGGCUAUACUCUGUUAGCAAGUGGCUCUUUUUUGACCUUCUGAAGGAUUUCUAUGCUCUGAAAUUUUGCAGAGAGCUGCGAUCUCCUCUUGAGCGCUCUGCUAUGGUCCGCUUCGGCAAACGCGCCGCCGACGAUUUCCAGGAGUAA